AUGCUAUACUCGACUCGAGCAGGUGUCAUCGUGCUCUUCAAUAUCCUCUUAGUCGCCAUCGUUUCUUCCGCGCCCUUGUCACCAGUCUUACCGGAAGCCGGGGCUACCGUCAGACCGGCCAUCGAAGCCUUCAAAGCGGGCCCCCACUGGAUCGUCAGUCCUGAAACGCUUCCCCGUGUGCGCCCCGGUGCCUCCACGUCUUCUUCCUCCCUCUUAGAGCGAAUCCGCAGCCUGGGUCGUGCCCCUGCAAGAGUCAAGAUCACCCAGCAAGGUGACCUCAAGAUGAUCAAUCAAGGAACCAGUCCUCGCCUAUUCGAGUUCGGCUCCAAGGACAAGGUUUACCUCAUUCAGCCCAAAACCACUGGAACACUGGCGCGCAGUGACUUAACCGAGCAACAAUUUAGAGCUCUAAGUAUUCAAAAGAUUCCCAAAGGUACAAGGGUCAACUACAACGAUCUGUGA